CUCUCACUUGGAUUUUUUUUGUUAGUUAAUUUGUUUUUAUUUUCUUUUUGGGUUUAAUAAUCUCUUGUGAAAUUAAAUUUUCUUAUUUAUUACUUUAAUUGGUGUAAUUUUCAAUUUCAAUCUAUUUAUGAGUACAAUCAGAUGAAUGGAUGAACACCGAAUUGAUCCCGAUGAGGAACGUCGGACAAUCGUUGAAAGAUACACAAAAGGAAGAGAAAAGAUUCGAGAUCAGAUUGGUGAUUGGGAAGAUCCACAAAACCUGGUCCUUUUCACGGACCGUUAUGGAUUCAUCCAUGAUCAACAACUUCCACCUCGAUUAAGUAAACAUGAAGCUAAGGUUCGACAAAAAGAGAUCUCUCGAACAAAUAAAUGGCUUAAAAUGUUAGAACAAUGGGACAAAUAUUUUCCGAAUAAUGAAAAAUUAAGAAAAAGAGUCUACAAAGGUAUACCCAAUUCACUUCGUGGUGAAGUAUGGACCAGAUUAAUGGAAGUACCUCAAGUGAAAAAGGAGCAAGAAGGUCGAUACCAAGAGCUUCUUGAAUAUGGUCUUUAUAACUCCAAAGAUAUCAGACAAAUUGAUUUAGAUAUAAACCGGACCUUUCGAAACAAUGAUAUGUUUCGUGACAGAUUUAAUGCAAAACAACAAGAAUUGUUCAGAAUUCUUGUUGCUUACAGUGUGUACAAUAAGGAAAUCGGCUAUACUCAAGGAAUGUCUCAGAUCGCUGCCCUCCUAUUGAUGUACACAUCUAAUGAGGAGGAUGCAUUCUGGUCAUUAGAUCGUCUCAUGUCAGGAGAAAAGUAUGCUAUGCAUGGGUUUUUCAUUGACGGUUUUCCUAAAUUGUCGCGAUUUGCUGAUCAUCAUGAUAAAAUUCUUAAAAAAUUCCUCCCACGAGUUUAUAAGCAUUUUAAGAAAUUUGACAUCAAUGCUACUUUAUAUACUCUUAAAUGGUUUUUCCAAUGUUUCCUCGACCGAGUCCCUUUCUCUUUAACAUUAAGGAUUUGGGAUUGCUUCAUGUUAGAUGGCGAGAUAAUACUUACCUGUUUCAGUUAUACUCUCCUUAAAUUACACAAAAGAUCCAUUCUCGAAAAGAGUAUGGAAGAUCUAAUAGCAUUCCUACAAAUCGAUUUGGAAAAAGAUUUCGGAUAUCUAGAUGACCAGGCCAUUCGUGAGCUUCAAAUUGCUAUAACCGAAUUAAGAAAACAAAAGAUGGAAUCACCACCCAAAAACAACACCGAUGCUGAGAAACCAACCAGACCAUUCGGAAUGUUAUUACAGGCAGAUAAUGCAUCAAUAAUGACGGGAAAUGAUGAUCGUAGUAUUGCCGGCAGUAUUAAUCUGAAAAACUCUGAUUCCGUAUCAUUGGCUCAAACCUCUCGUACAAGUAGUGAAGUGGAUCAAAAUGAAUUGGAAAACUCUGAGCUGGAUGAUGUGGAAGUUAAUGAUUUCUGUAAAAUUCAAAGAUCCUGCUCCAUUUACGAUAAUGUAGAUAUCAAUGAAAGCAUCGAAGCUGCCAAGAGACUGAGCGAGUUAACAACAAACUCUGAUCAGCGAGGAUAUUUCAAAUUACAAAUCACCUUAAGCUAGCCAAUCAACAACAGUAGAAUGAUUUCUCACCUCAUCUAAUAAUUUGCUGAUUUCUAAUAUCUGUUUGGUUGUUAAUCAUAAUCACAAUAAGAAUAUCAAAAUGGGCUAUAAAAGAAAACUUUUCCAUCCUUGUCAGUCAAUAUCCUUUUUCAAAAACACUCUUCUCAUCUCUCUCUCUUUCUCUCACCUUCUCAUCUUAAUCUCUACCAAACAUCAUACCAAAAAGUAACAUCAUCAUUAUCAAGAAAAUAAGAUCAACAACAAACAAGACAAGAAAUAACUCGUUACCGGAUCAGUUGAAUUUCCCCCAAUGAAAUCCAACAUUUACUCACAAUCUCGGCCAACAAAACCUAAUCUACAGUAAACUCAUACUUACAAUCGAUUGAUUGUCAACUCAAUUAACUGAUUGUCUAAAGCUCAUCAUCAUCACUACCGCCAUCAUCAUCAUCUACAGCAAUUAACAAACAAACAGUUGUGUACAAUUUCAACGAUCCCGAUGAAAUAUUUGAAAGGAGAAAACAAAAUCGAUCACUUUUUGAUUAUUUGUUUUAAUAGAAAGAAUUUUUUUUCUCUCUCUCUCUCUUUCUCCCUUCCUUACAAAAUACUUUCAGGAUUCUCAUCUCUUAUCAUCAUCAUUCUCAUCAACAUUUUCAUCAUCAUCAUCUUCACAAUUCUAAUGCUAAUAAUACUAUUGAUUUACAAUAAUAUAAAAUAACAAUAAUAAUAUGAUAUUAAAAAGAAAAACAAUAAUUCUAAUACAAGAGAUAAUGAGAAUUCACAACAAAAAUCAUAUGUUACCUCUUAUAUUUAUGUGCACGUUUAAAGAGACAAUCAAAAAAGAAACAAAAACAAUUAAAUCAAUAUUCAGAAUUGAAUUAAAAAAAACACUCAAAAUAAAGUCAAGAUAUCAAGUUGAA